CCCGCUUUUAAGGCGUUAGAGGCGGCGUGAGGCUGAGAGAUUCUCCAGCUGCCGGAGGAGGAGGAGGAUGAAGCCAACUGAUGUCAGUCGUGAACUGACAGUGGAAACUUUGUGACGUCUUCCUCUUCUCGCACCUGACACCAGACUUACUGUCCCGACGCCACCAUGAGUGACAUCUACGAGUCAGCGGCCCACUCUCUGGGUCUGUUCAACAGUCCGUGUCUCACCAAAGUGGAGCUCAGGCUCACGUGCAAGGCCAUCUCCGACCGGGAUGCUCUGUCCAAACCAGACCCCUGCAUCGUCCUCAAGAUGCAGUCGCACGGCCAGUGGAUGGAGGUGGACCGUACGGAGGUGAUGCGAAGCUGUGUAAACCCCUCCUACUCAAAGGUCUUCACCCUGGACUUCUACUUUGAAGAGGUGCAGCGGCUGCGCUUUGAGCUGUACGACAUCUACAGCAACUACAACGGCGUGAAGGACGCUGACUUCCUGGGGGCAGUGGAGUGCACGCUGGGACAGAUCAUCUCCCAAAGGAAGCUGUCCAAAGCUCUGCUGAGGCCAGGAGGCAUCGUGGGAAAGACCAUCAUAACGAUCACAGCAGAGGAGCUGACUGGGAAUGACGACUACAUCGAGCUUUCCUUCAGUGCCAGGAAGCUGGAUGACAAGGACUUCUUCAGUAAGUCGGAUCCAUUCCUGGAGAUCUAUCGCCUCAACGAGGACGCCACUCUGCAGCUGGUCUACAGAACAGAGACGGUGAUGAACAACUUGAAUCCCGUGUGGAAAACCUUCAAAGUUUCUCUCAACUCGCUCUGCAACGGAGACCAUGAGCGCAAGCUGCAGUGCACGGUGUGGGACUGGGACUCUAACGGGAAACACGACUACAUCGGAGAAUUUGAGGCCACCUUCAAGGAGAUGAGGGGCGCCAUCGAUGGACGACAGGUGCAGUGGCCUUGCAUCAACUCCAAAUACAAAGUGAAGAAGAAGACCUACAAGAACUCUGGCAUCGUCAUCCUCAAUCAGUGCAAGAUCAUCAAGAUGCACUCCUUCCUGGAUUACAUCAUGGGGGGCUGUCAGAUCCAGUUCACAGUCGCCAUUGACUUCACGGCAUCCAACGGUGACCCUCGCAACAGCUGCUCGCUGCACUACAUCCACCCGUACCGACCCAACGAGUACCUGAAGGCGCUGGUGGCGGUGGGCGAGAUCUGCCAGGACUACGACAGUGACAAAAUGUUCCCAGCGUUUGGCUUUGGCGCUCGCAUCCCACCUGACUACCAGGUCUCACACGACUUUGCAGUGAAUUUUAACGAGGACAACCCCGAGUGUGCAGGCAUUCAGGGGGUGGUGGAGGCUUACCAGGCCUGCCUCCCCAAGCUGCAACUCUAUGGACCUACCAACAUCGCCCCCAUCAUCCACAAGGUCGCCAACUCCGCCUCGCAGGAAGUCCACACCAAAGAGGCCAUGCAAUACUUCAUCCUACUCAUCCUGACGGACGGCGUCAUCACGGACAUGGCGGACACCAGAGAGGCCAUCGUGCAGGCAUCCCACCUCCCCAUGUCCGUCAUCAUUGUGGGCGUGGGCAACGCAGACUUCAGUGACAUGCAAAUGUUGGACGGCGACGACGGCAUCCUGCGCUCGCCCAAAGGAGAGCCCGUGCUGCGGGACAUUGUCCAGUUUGUCCCUUUCCGCAACUUCAAGCACGCGUCCCCAGCAGCGCUAGCUAAGAGCGUGCUAGCGGAGGUGCCCAACCAGGUGGUGGACUACUACAACAGUAAGGGCAUCAAGCCCAAAGUGCCGAGCCAGUACCAGUCUUCCAGACCCUUUGGACCAUGAGAGUCUGCCUUCACUACCAUGGCCGCCACUCUCCUGAAAAGCACAACUUUUUUGUUAUUUGUACACUUUCACCCUGAAGACGCUUGUUGAAAGUUUUUGUCACGUUUGUGUUGAGGGUGGGACUUCCUGUCCACGUAGCGUCCACUUUGGGAGCAUGUGAUCAAACUGUUGGCUAGCGUGUUAGCGACAAGCCAGUAGUCACAUCCUUUACUCCUCCCUAGUUAGCUGUAGCAUCUUUAGCAUCUGUCGUGCAUGCAAGGCAGAGGAAAGUGUGCACAGUGAGUGUGUACAUCGACGUGUCCGGGAGUGUUUCUAGUGCACGUGCCCCCUACCUCUAGAUUGUUUUUGCUAAAUUUGCUAUGGUGAAGCGUAGUGGAGCCAGCACAAGUGCACGUGCUGUCAGGCUCGUGCAUGCUUGCGUGUUGUUUUGCAUGCAAACGUGCUCACUCGCUGUCAUGAUGUUUACAUGUGGCUCUACUAGCAUGCUCACGUAUACGUGAAGGCAAGAGCCCCCACAUUCCCGUUAGUAUGGAUCUCAUGCGGCUCCUCUGAGGCAAGGGGCGGAGCUUCCUGGUCUGUGUUCCAAUUUGCGCACUUCCAUACUUCAAUAGGUAUACUGUGUACACUGUGUACUUAGUUCCUGAGUGUGUGAAAUCUGACAGUGUAGUGCUGUCCCAAAUCCAUGACAGUACUGUCAUUGUACACUUACCAGAAGUAACAAACUCAAUAUUCACCUUCUUUUUCUCUCCUUUUUAAUGAUGUAUUGCAACCACUCAAGUUAGCCCCUCCCCCUCCGCUACGUAGCCAAGAUGACGACUAUUGAGGCUGGCAAGUGUCCAUCACUCCACACUGAACAUGUGGGUGCUGACAGUGUACUGCAUUUUGCCGUACUUCUCAGUGUGAAUGCACUUAUGCACUCAGAAGACUAAGUGUAAUUUGAGACAAUUUGAGACACAGCCCUGACUCGGCAGCCAUUUUGAAUCCUCAUACUUCCCGGUUGUGACUGUUUGAUGCAAUAUGAAGGACAAGUCCUAGGUCACAUGACCUGCUGAUGUAUGACAAUAAAAGUUUUUGAACUCAAACUGCCUCAAAAAGGCCAUUCCUGUUUGGAGGAUGCCUGCCAGAAGUUACAAAGUAGAGUGGGUCGUCUUAAUGAGAUCUUUUUUAUUUCUUUUGAUCCAUUUGAAAUAAUCCAACAUGGCCGCCGGGCAUCUUCCUGAUGAAGAUGACAUCAUAAUGUAGGUCACUCCACAGGAUACUUGAUUAGGUACGGAGCCCCGGAGGGGAUGAGAAAAAAAAUAUGAUGGGUAAAAAAAAAAAAGGAAAAAAAAGAACGACCUUUUGCAAAAGAACACAAAGCUAUUUUGCGAGAUCUUGCAAAACUGUGUAAGAGAUUCCGGUAAA